UCAUUACCAUAUGAUCUACUGUGGGUGUCAGCCUGGGUUCUGUUCAUUGAGGGAAAUCUUACUUUUUUACUGUGCUGUGGAAUGGAAGAAGCAGGAGGAUUUUCCACCAAGUGACAGUCACCGAGCAGUAACCUUCCCCUCCUUCUUUCCGCACCUGCACGGUCUCCUGCCUGGGUUGAAUAUUUUAGUUUAAUUGCAUCUCAGCUCUGAGGGCGCCCGUUGCAAAUCCUUGGAUUAAAAGAUUCACUGCUGCUUCCCAGAAUAGAUGAACUAAACCAUGAAGGUGGCUGUCUUCUUUCUUCUGCUCCUGCCAGUUUGCUUUGCCAAGCCAUUCCAUCAGAAAGGCUUGUUUGACUUUAUGCUUGAAGAUGAACCAGGUUCAGGUGAUGAAGUUACAGGAUUGCCUUCCCUUGCACCGGGCCCUGUAUGUCCAUUCCGCUGCCAAUGCCAUCUUCGGGUUGUUCAGUGUUCUGAUUUAGGUCUGGAACAAGUUCCAAAGGAUCUUCCCUCUGACACUACCCUCCUGGAUUUGCAGAACAAUAAAAUUACUGAAAUCAAGGAUGGAGAUUUCAAGAAUUUGAAAGACCUCCAUGCACUGAUCCUUGUGAAUAACAAAAUCAGCAAAAUCAGUCCUAACGCUUUUGUUCCACUGAAGAAACUAGAAAGACUUUACCUUUCCAAGAACAAUUUAAAGGAGCUUCCAGAAAAUAUGCCCAAAACCUUGCAGGAGCUUCGGGCACAUGAGAAUGAAAUCAACAAACUAAAGAAAUCUGUCUUCAAUGGGCUGAACAAUGUGAUUGUUGCAGAACUAGGCACCAACCCGCUAAAGAGCUCAGGUAUAGAAAACGGAGCCUUUCAGGGGAUGAAGAAACUCUCCUACAUCCGUAUUUCAGAUACCAACAUAACUUCUGUCCCUAAAGGUCUUCCCCCAUCUCUGACAGAACUUCAUCUUGAUGGCAACAAAAUCAGCAAGAUUGAUGCAGAGAGUCUAAAUGGACUCAACAAUUUGGCUAAACUUGGCCUCGGCUUCAACAGCAUCUCUGGUGUGGAUAACGGCUCCCUAGCUAAUGUGCCUCAUUUGAGAGAGCUCCAUUUAAACAACAAUGAGCUUUCCAAAGUACCAGGUGGGCUUGGAGAGCACAAAUACAUACAGGUGGUCUACCUUCAUAACAACAAAAUCGCUGCCGUUGGUCCCAAUGAUUUUUGCCCUCCAGGAUACAACACUAAAAAGGUUUCUUAUUCAGGAGUGAGUCUGUUCAGUAACCCUGUGCAGUACUGGGAAAUCCAACCAUCCACUUUCCGAUGUAUCUAUGAACGAUCUGCAAUACAAAUUGGAAAUUACAAAUAGAUGCACAGAUGCAUUUCAGCUAUGAAUACCUGUUACCUGUUAAAAUUGUUGCAAAUGCAAACCAUUAAAGCCAAAUACUGGAAACUUAACUGCAGAGUGGAUAUCAUUAUAUAUGUAAAAGACAUAUCAAUCCAAAACAAUAAUGCCUAAUGUACUUUCUGUUCACUUCAUUGCCCUUGUGUGGCAUAAUUCUGUGGUAUCUCUCAGUUAAUUGAGUGCAAUUGAUUUCAGUCGUUUACUUUGUAUGGCAUUUGGGGUAAAUAUUUUUCAAGCUUUUCAUAUAAUUAAAAAAUUAUUUAGGUAAUAGUAUUUUACAGCAGCAGAAAUUAAAAUGAGAUGAAAUAUUCAGUAUUCUGUAAGAAAAACUCUUGGGUAAACAUAAUCCAAACUUUAACCAAACUUCAUAAAUCUAAUAGGAUCUUCUACAAGUUAAAAGUCUGACUGUUCUAGUGCACUUAUAUGGCAUAAACAAUAUCAAAAUGUUGUUUUGACAGUAAUCUCUUAAUAUAUACACAUUUUCUUUUCUGAGUAAUUUUUAAACAUUUUCCCUGAUUAUUCUAUGAAAGGUUAGCAAAAUGUUGUACUGAACAAAAUAAUACUAAAGAGUCACAUUAGUAUUGUAACCCUGGAUGCUUCAAUUUUUGCAUUACAACAGCUCAUUUCUAGAGGAAUAAUUUGUUUCUGUUCUAACAUGAUUAGCCCAAGCUAGCCCAAUCUUGCCAAAUGUUGGAAGCUAAGCAGGACUAGCCAUGGUUGGUACUUGGAUGGGAGCCCACCAAGGAAGUCCAGGGUUGCUUCAUUGAGGCAGGCAAUUGGAAACCACUUUUGAAUGUCUCUUGCCUUUGGAAACCCUAUGGGGUUACCAUAAAUCAGCUGUGGCUUGAUGGGACUUUCCAUCACCAACUUUUCCUCUCUUUGGUUAUAUGACCAUGUAUUUGGAUCAUAAUCCACUGAGCCACAUUCCCAUUCCAUUUCUAUUCGUUCAAUAGGAUCUGCAUAGGAAUCCACUCAAUGGAGUAUGCCUGGUGAUCUAUAGGCAUGAGUAAAUUAAGUAGGAAUUAGCCUUCUGCAUUAAUAUGUUGCCCUUAAGUUCAAAAACAAACAUUCAUCUAUUCUUUUUGUGGCAUUUGAGUUUUAACAAUAUUUUCAAAUACAGUGCAGGCAUACACCAUUUACUUGUUUAGCCAUACACAUAAACCAAUAUGCCAGGAGACAGGGAAACAUCAACUUGCCAGACUUCAAAAAGCAUAGUUUAGAAGCAAUCGCUCUUGUGAAAGUCAUCUGGAAUCAAUACUCAUAUAUAUAUAUAUAUAUAUCCCUAUUACUGACUUCAGUUAGUAGUGAGCACGGAGCAUAUCAAAAGAUGGCUGUACAUUUCUAGGAUCACUACAAAAUUAAUUGUAUACUUUUUUCACGUCACACUUUAAAAAAUCUGGAUACCUCGUAACUGUCCACAAUACAAUCUUUUCAAUGUAUGUAUAUGUUUUUAUAUUAAACAAUACUAGCAAACUCUGAAA